AUGGGUGAUGAGUAUGGUGGUGCUGCAGAUGAUUUCGAAUCGGAUGAGGAGCCUUUAGAUGAAGUCCUAGAAGAAGAUUUGGACACAAAACCUGACGGUGUGAACUAUAUCACAGCUGAUGAAGUGCCACGACUGCCAUCAGGUCAGAGUAUUGUUGGUCCCGUAGAGAAAAGCAAACGAAUCACUACUCCAUAUCUUACUAAAUAUGAACGUGCUAGAGUUUUGGGUGCACGUGCUCUUCAGUUAUCGAUGUCUGCCCCUGUUAUGGUUGAAUUGGACGGCGAAAGAGACCCCUUGAAAAUUGCUGAGAAAGAAUUGAGAUCUAAUAAAAUCCCUAUCGUCAUUCGUCGUUACCUUCCUGAUGGGAGUUUUGAAGAUUGGAGUCUAGAUGAACUUAUUUUAACAGAAUAA